AUCUCAUCAAACCAAAGCACCACUCAAACCCCACGCAUCAAAUUUCGCAUAUACAGUUCAUCAAGCACAAGAUCUAAAGCCAUAGUAACUAGCAAUAAGAAGAGCAACUAGAGGAGCAAGAGGAAGAAGAAGGCAAAAUGAAAAGCAGAGAAGGCAAAGGGCCUCCCUCCACAGAUCUAUUAGUAUGUUUUCCAUCUAGAGCCCAUCUGACACUAAUGCCAAAGCCAAUUUGCAGUCCAGCUAGGCCUUCAGAACCAAGCAAACGCCAGCACAACCAGCACCAGCACCAGCACCACCACCCGCACAGCCACCAUCAUCACAACCACCGCCACCACCUAAUAAAGAAAUCUAGCACAAGAAAUGGAGUUGCAGGCCAAGCAAGCCCAAUCCUGUGGGCCAAAAACAAGCCAAUGAGCAAGGAGAUUGAUGAACCAACAUCACCAAAAGUCACUUGUGCUGGCCAAAUCAAAGUAAAGCCUAAAGCCAGCUCAUGCAAGAAUUGGCAAUCUGUCAUGGAAGAGAUUGAGAGGCUACACAAUAAAUCAAAACACAAGAAGAGACCAGGUUGGGCUGAAGCACUAGGAUUCAAGAAGGAUGUCAUGCAGUUCUUAACAUGCUUAAGAAGCAUUCGAUUCGAUUUUCGAUGCUUCGGUGCAUUUCCUUCGACUUCAAUCACUUCUGAUGAUGAAGAUGACGUUGAUGAAGAUGAUGACGAAUGCCACCAAGAUCACCAUCAAAAUAACCAUCUUGGCAAAGAUGCAAGUGACGAUCAUGAUAGUGAAUCUUCAAGAACUGUUUUCUCCAAAUGGUUCAUGGUUCUUCAAGAAAACAACAGCACUAAUAAGACUGAGUUGGUCAAGACAGACAAUAAAUUGAUUAAAGAAGAAGCCACUGAAGCACCUUGUGCUCCUCCACCGAAUGCAUUAUUGCUCAUGCGCUGUCGAUCUGCUCCCGCGAAAACCAGGCUAGAAGAAAAGGAAGAAGAUAAUGAUGAUAAAGAAGAGGAAAGGCAUGAUGAUGACGAUGAUCAUGAUCAUGAGAAGCAAACAAAGGAGCAAGAAGAUGGUAAAAGGGCUGAGGUUCUAGCCAUUGAAGAAGAGAAGAAGCGGAAGGAUAACUUAGUUGUGAUGAGAUGUGGCACUGCUGAUUUCUACAAAUUUUCUUCUGAUAUAGCAAAAGAAACUUGGGUUGUUGGUGGGAUUAAAGAUUCACUAUCAAGAAGUCGAAGUUGGAAGAGGUGAUACAUGAUUAUUACGAUCAAGGUCCCUGCAUUUCCAUAUUCUUCUUGCUUCAAAUUUUCUUGUUAAUUUUGAUAAUUUUUUUUUUGGGUUACGUGAUAUUUACCUCCUAUGAUUGAUGUUAUUUAUAUUCUGAAAUUGCGUGGAAAUCCUUGAAAUUCAACUUUCUCUUUUUCUGCUUAGGAAGUUGAAGUUGUAUGAUGUGGUCUGAUGUGCAAAGCAGAUACUCUCAAUCCAUAUGUAUAUAGCCAUUUGAAGUUUAAAGUUCCCAGCUCAAA